ACUAAAUCCCCUGUGGCAGGCAAUGGAAUACCUGAAACUUCUUGAAAUAAAGAGCUGCUUUUCCCUCACCUGGAGCUGACAUGAAAACAAAACCCAGCCGGCAAUCCCACGGCUAGAAAUGCACUGCGGGACUCUGCAGGCAGUGUCUGGGUCAAUACCCCCUGCCACCUUUUGCGAUCGGGGGGGAAAACACACACCUGGGACUGAACUGUGCUUCUGUGCAGAGAGCGGCUGCUAAUGGGCUGGUGACAUACACACGUAGCAAAAUCGAGCAGGUUCAUGAACUGACUGCUACUUUCACUUCCUUAUUGGGUUGGGCUGAACACACAGAGCAAAAGUCAAGAUCACGCCAUUGCAACUCAGUCAUUAAUGGAGAUUCUGUCACAAUGACAAACAGCUUAACACCAGCACAGGGAAGGAAAUGAUGGUAUCUGCCGGCGGAGGUAAAUGAAAGGGAAGAUUCUGAAUAGGAUGAGGUGGUCUUGGAUGGAAAGAGGAAUGAGACCCUUUAACUGCUGGCUGCUGCUGCUACCACUGCUCUUGACUUGGGAAGGUGUUUGCAGUCAAGAUUGCAAAGCUAUUGAAGUCCUGCCUGUCAACACGACUGCUCUGAAAGUUGACUGGAGCUCCAUAAUUGAAAACUUAAAUAAUUUAUCAAUAUCACUUAUCGAUAUCACCAUUGGUCAAGAUACAAGAACCAUUAGCAGCAGCAAAAAAGAAGAGAUCAUUGAUAAACUUGAACCUGGGACGUACUAUAAUAUUUUCUUCAGUGCUGAAAAUGGAUCAUUCAACUGUAAUCUAUCAUCAACAACAAAUCCAUCACCAGUCACUGGACUUAAAGCAGUAGACAGGACAACAAAUUUAUUAACAAUUGGAUGGAUACAGCCAAAUGAUGCAAGAGCUGUUAACUAUACCUACAGAAUUACAGUCACUAAUGUGAUUAAAGGUAGCAGUUCGAUCCACAACACAACAAAAGGCCAGACAAAUUUCACAGCGACAGGCCUGGAUCCUGGAGAUCAGUACAUGCUAUUGGUUGUGUCAGUAACUCCGGAGAACACACUGAGCUCUCCUGUGAAGGUGACAAGCACCACAAAUCCAUCACCAGUCACUGGACUUAAAGCAGUAGACAGGACAACAAAUUUAUUAACAAUUGGAUGGAUACAGCCAAAUGAUACAAGAGCUGUUAACUAUACCUACAGAAUUACAGUCACUAAUGUGAUUAAAGGUAGCAGUUCGAUCCACAACACAACAAAAGGCCAGACAAAUUUCACAGCGACAGGCCUGGAUCCUGGAGAUCAGUACAUGUUAUCGGUUGUGUCAGUAACUCCGGAGGACACACUGAGCUCUCCUGUGAAGGUGACAAGCACCACAAAUCCAUCACCAGUCACUGGACUUAAAGCAGUAGACAGGACAACAAAUUUAUUAACAAUUGGAUGGAUACAGCCAAAUGAUACAAGAGCUGUUAACUAUACCUACGGAAUUACAGUCACUAAUGUGAUUAAAGGUAGCAGUUCGAUCCACAACACAACAAAAGGCCAGACAAAUUUCACAGCGACAGGCCUGGAUCCUGGAGAUCAGUACAUGUUAUCGGUUGUGUCAGUAACUCCGGAGAACACACUGAGCUCUCCUGUGAAGGUGACAAGCACCACAAAUCCAUCACCAGUCACUGGACUUAAAGCAGUAAACAGGACAACAAAUUUAUUAACAAUUGAAUGGAUACAGCCAAAUGAUACAAGAGCCGAUAACUAUACCUACAGAAUUACAGUCACUAAUGUGAUUAAAGGUAGCAGUUCGAUCCACAACACAACAAAAGGCCAGACAAAUUUCACAGCGACAGGCCUGGAUCCUGGAGAUCAGUACAUGCUAUCGGUUGUGUCAGUAACUCCGGAGGACACACUGAGCUCUCCUGUGAAGGUGACAAGCACCACAAAUCCAUCACCAGUCACUGGACUUAAAGCAGUAAACAGGACAACAAAUUUAUUAACAAUUGAAUGGAUACAGCCAAAUGAUACAAGAGCCGAUAACUAUACCUACAGAAUUACAGUCACUAAUGUGAUUAAAGGUAGCAGUUCGAUCCACAACACAACAAAAGGCCAGACAAAUUUCACAGCGACAGGCCUGGAUCCUGGAGAUCAGUACAUGCUAUCGGUUGUGUCAGUAACUCCGGAGGACACACUGAGCUCUCCUGUGAAGGUGACAAGCACCACAAAUCCAUCACCAGUCACUGGACUUAAAGCAGUAAACAGGACAACAAAUUUAUUAACAAUUGAAUGGAUACAGCCAAAUGAUACAAGAGCCGAUAACUAUACCUACAGAAUUACAGUCACUAAUGUGAUUAAAGGUAGCAGUUCGAUCCACAACACAACAAAAGGCCAGACAAAUUUCACAGCGACAGGCCUGGAUCCUGGAGAUCAGUACAUGCUAUCGGUUGUGUCAGUAACUCCGGAGGACACACUGAGCUCUCCUGUGAAGGUGACAAGCACCACAAAUCCAUCACCAGUCACUGGACUUAAAGCAGUAGACAGGACAACAAAUUUAUUAACAAUUGAAUGGAUACAGCCAAAUGAUACAAGAGCUGUUAACUAUACCUACAGAAUUACAGUCACUAAUGUGAUUAAAGGUAGUAGUUCGAUCCACAACACAACAAAAGGCCAGACAAAUUUCACAGCGACAGGCCUGGAUCCUGGAGAUCAGUACACGCUAUCGGUUGUGUCAGUAACUCCGGAGGACACACUGAGCUCUCCUGUGAAGGUGACAAGCACCACAAAUCCAUCACCAGUCACUGGACUUAAAGCAGUAAACAGGACAACAAAUUUAUUAACAAUUGAAUGGAUACAGCCAACUGAUACUAGAGCCGAUAACUAUACCUACAGAAUUACAGUCACUAAUGUGAUUAAAGGUAGCAGUUCGAUCCACAACACAACAAAAGGCCAGACAAGUUUCACAGCGACAGGCCUGGAUCCUGGAGAUCAGUACAUGUUAUCGGUUGUGUCAGUAACUCCGGAGAACACACUGAGCUCUCCUGUGAAGGUGACAAGCACCACAAAUCCAUCACCAGUCACUGGACUUAAAGCAGUAAACAGGACAACAAAUUUAUUAACAAUUGAAUGGAUACAGCCAACUGAUACAAGAGCUGUUAACUAUACCUACAGAAUUACAGUCACUAAUGUGAUUAACGGUAGCAGUUCGAUCCACAACACAACAAAAGGCCAGACAAAUUUCACAGCGACAGGCCUGGAUUCUGGAGAUCAGUACACACUAUCGGUUGUGUCAGUAACUCCGGAGGACACACUGAGCUCUCCUGUGAAGGUGACAAGCACCACAAAUCCAUCACCAGUUACUGAACUCAGUCAAGUAAACGGGACAACAGAUUCGUUAACAAUUAAAUGGACAAAGCCAAAUGAUGCAAGAGCCUCUACCUAUACCUACAGAAUUACAGUCACUAAUGCAAGUGGUACCAUUUGGACCAGCAAGACAGAAAAAGAUGAGACAACAUUCACACUGAAAAGCCUGGAUCCUGGGGAUCAAUACAAUCUAUCAGUGCAGUCCGUAACUCCGGAGAACACAUUGAGCUCUCCUGAGGAGGUGUCAAGCACCACAAAUCCAUCAUCAGUCACUGAUCUCUCUGUGGUCAACAGGACGACGGACUCAUUUGCAUUAAAAUGGAAAGCACCAACUGACUCAAGAGCCCUUUCCUAUACCUACAAAAUCACUGCUACCACUGUUAAUAGCAGGUCUAACAACAUAGAUCCAAAGUCUGGCCUAGGCAAAGUUUUAACAACAGAUCCAGGCAGUACGGAGUUCAUAGUGAGGGAACUGAUUCCGGGGGAAGAAUACAAGCUAACCGUGGAGUCAGAAACUCCCGAGAACACCCUGAGUGCCCCUUUGAUGGUGACAAGCACCACAAUUCCUGGUACUAUUUCCAACUUCCGCUGCGCUGGGCGGACAGGAUACACGAUCAGGGUGGAGUGGAAUGAACCGAAGGGCACGUUUACCAGUUUCAAAGCCAUCACUUCUGACGAUGACCAUCUACUGGAGAAUCGUACCAUUGAGAAGGAUAAGGGAACACUGAGCAUUCCUAAUCUUCAGCCUGGACGCAAGUACACGAUCAAAAUCACCACGGUGAGCAGGCAGACGUACAGCGAGCCCGAGGUCAAGGAAUGCUGGACCAGCUCAGAUCCCAUUAUCAUAGGAGCGAUUGUGGGCUCUCUGCUGGGUCUGAUCGUAAUUUGCAUGCUACUGUUCUUCAUCUUCUACAGAGCCAGGCGUCAGAGGAAGAAGCAGGAUCCAGGAUCUUCGUCAAUGGGCGUCCUUUUUUCAGAAUACAAGCCCAUUCCACUGAGUGAAUACGAGAGGUACUUCCAGAAGAAGCAUGCAGACACAGAUAUUGGAUUUGCUGAGGAGUAUCAGAGUCUGGCAAACGUCGGCAUAGAACAGUCAAAGGAGGUCUCCCAACUCUCAGAGAACAGAUCAAAGAAUCGAUACACGAACAUUUUUCCUUAUGACGCUGCCAGAGUUAAACUUAGCCCACAGCGCGGUAGCAGCUCUUCAGAUUACAUCAAUGCAAGUUACAUGCCUGGUUACAACGUCGAAAAGGCAUUCAUCGCUGCCCAGGGACCCCUGCCUCAUACAGUGGCGGACUUCUGGCAAAUGAUUUGGGAGCAGAAGUCAAGGGUCAUUGUGAUGCUGACCAACUGUAUUGAGCUAAAUCGGGUCAAAUGUGAACACUAUUGGCCAAUGGACAACAAAACAUCCGUCUACGGGGACAUCGCAGUGAACGUCAUUUCAGAAGAGGUUUUGCCUGAGUGGACGAUCAGGAAUCUCCACGUCGAGAAGGCUGGAUGCUCACAGCCCCGUACAGUCACCCAGAUGCAUUACACCUCGUGGCCGGAUCACGGUGUUCCUAACACCACGGACAAACUGCUGCAGUUCCAAAAGUAUGUCCGGGAUUACAUAAACGGGAAUCAGGGGGGACUCCCUGUUGUACAUUGUAGUGCAGGUGUUGGGCGGACUGGCACUUUCAUUGGCCUUGACUACCUAAUGCAAUGUGUGGAAAAGGAGUUAUUGGUUGAUGUUUAUGGAAUUGUCCGUAAAAUGAGGAUGAAUCGGACGUGCAUGGUUCAGACCGAGUCUCAGUAUAUCUUCCUGCACCAGUGCGUUCUGGACAGGCUACAACAGAAGGACGUCAGUGAACCCAUCUACGAGAAUCAACAAGACCUCAUCUACGAGAACGCCAGUGCCAUUAAAGCUGCGUGUAAUCACAACCAUUAGUCGGAGCUACAGCUGUAUUGCAUGCACUUUUGUUGCCAUAGAUACAGGGUGCACUCUGUCUGUGACCGUGGCCGUGCCUUUUUCAAUAUUCUACCAUCCCUGAUCAUAUGAAGACUGGACUGAUGUCAGCAGAGUACUAUCUCUUUUCGGACCUUUUAUAGUCACUGGGGCACCUUAACUGAGUCCAGCUCACCGUCUAUCUCUGGUCCGCUAUCUCCUCCAGUGCAUCCAUGUCUGCCGCAGUGUUUUCAUGUUUCCCUGUAUAUAUCAAACUGCCUCAUUUUCUCUACAUAUUACACUGUUUCUGUGUCUCUCACACUACUUUCACCAGCCUCUCUACAUCUGUCUUGCUUCCUCUGAACGUCACUCAAUAUUCACAUUGAACCCUCCAUCCGUCCUACUGUUAGUUUCCGCCCAUCUGUCCCACCAUUUCUGUGUUUCUCUUGGUCCACGAGGGAGAAAAAAAUACAAGCCGGGGACCAAUCAGCCCUGGCUGGGCCACCUGGGUGAGGGUGUCUAAAGACCCAAAUCUCCCAAUGAUCCCAGGUUACAUCACUGAUGUUGCGUCCCAGCACGUCCUAGGAUGUGUGGUAUCUCAGCAUCAAAUAGUUUACCUCCACUGACUCAGUCUCAUUUCAUGGUCUGCGACACUGGCUGAGCAAUUGUCUGCGGCUUACCUCCGGUCCAUUGUCUCCAUUUCUGACCCGCUGUCUGUGACUCCAUCUCUGACCUACUUUCUGUCUCAGAGUCUUUGCUGCCAUCUCGAAGCUCGCUGCUGAGAGGCACCCUGCCUCCUCCCGCCUUA